CAAGAUGUCGGUGUGGGGAGCGCUCGGCUCCAUGUGCCGGUGUCUCUGGCAGGGUUCAAGGAAUUUUUCUGUAAACCCUUCUAAGAGCAGUACAGCCAGAAAUGGUGGCUUUCUCCUCACUACCAGUAUGAAAUGGGUACAGUUUUCAAACCUACACGUUGAUAUUCCCAAGGAUUUGACCAAACCUAAGAUAACCAUCUCUGAUGAACCAGAUACAUUAUAUAAGCGCCUAUCAGUUUUAGUAAAAGGCCAUGAUAAGGCUGUAUUAGACAGUUAUGAAUAUUUUGCAGUGCUUGCUGCGCAAGAACUUGGUAUCUCUAUUAAAGUACAUGAACCUCCAAGGAAAAUAGAGCGAUUUACUCUUCUCAAAUCAGUGCAUAUUUUCAAGAAGCACAGAGUUCAGUAUGAAAUGAGAACACUUUACAGAUGUUUAGAGUUAGAACAUCUAACUGGAAGUACAGCAGAUGUCUACUUGGAAUAUAUUCAGCGUAACUUACCUGAAGGAGUUGCCAUGGAAGUAACAAAGACCAAAUUAGAACAGUUACCAGAACACAUCAAGGAGCCAAUCUGGGAAACGGUACCAGAAGAAAAAGAAAGCAAGUCCUAAAAUUUCAGCGAGUCUGCUGGUGCUGGCCUUUGACCCAAUAAGAGGUCAGAAAUGUAUGUUGAGAUAGAGAGGCUCAACCAUGAGUCUACCUGACCGCUCCAUGCAGCCUGCGUGACCGCACAUGUCCUGAUCAGCUCACAGCAAGGGGCCGAACGAACUUAAGUGACACACUGGACUAGAAUGAAAAACCACUUGACCUGUUCUUCUGUACACUCAUCCUUUUAGUUCUGAUUUUAACAAAUGUGAGCAAACCACUUUGACUGCUGUGCACUAAGAGAAUCGAGUUUGUAUUUUGG